CCGCACAGUAGAGACCAAUUACACACACUGUCACUUUCUGAGGGCUGAGGAGUGAGGAGGCUGCCUCUGCUCUGUGCCUUCACCACUACCAUUUACAGUAUUUAUGCUCUCAAACCACACUCCAUUUCCAUUCUCUUCUCUCUCAAUACUCAAUAAUGGCUGCCCUCUCCUCCGCCUUCUUCUUGCUUUUCCUAUUCCUAUUCCUAUUUUGUUGUCAUCCCAUCAUCGCCUCCCUCGAUUACCAAACCCUUGCGCUUCGCCCUCUCCCCACCGCCCAAUACUCCCUCUCUUCCAAUCCCCAAUAUUCUCAAACCCUUGACUCCGAAAACACCCUUUCUCUUGACCUACACCAUAUCGACCUCAUCUCUUCCGCUGCCGUGAAUGCCACCCCCAAGGCCCUCUUUGUGAAACGCCUACAGCGCGAUGCAGCUAGAGCCAAGGCUCUUUCCCUGCUCGCCGCCGCACCACAUAACGCCACCCGCGCUGCUGUUCCUGGAAGGGACUUCAGUAGCUCAGUCAUUUCCGGGCUUGCUCAGGGGAGUGGUGAGUACUUCACGCGCCUUGGAGUUGGCACUCCUCCCAGGUACGCUUACAUGGUUCUCGACACUGGAAGCGACGUCGUUUGGCUCCAGUGCUCCCCUUGCAGAAAGUGCUACACCCAGACAGACCCUGUUUUCGAUCCCACCAAAUCAUCCUCCUUUGUUGGCGUUAAGUGUGGGUCUCCCCUUUGUCGCCGUCUCGACUCUUCUGGCUGCAACAACCGCCAAAUGUGCCUCUACCAAGUGUCCUACGGCGAUGGAUCUUUUACCGUGGGCGAAUUUUCCACCGAGACACUGACGUUCAGGAGGACGCGAGUGAAAAACGUCGCACUGGGUUGCGGUCACGACAACGAAGGUUUGUUCGUGGGAGCAGCCGGUCUAUUGGGACUGGGGAGGGGUAGAUUAUCGUUUCCGAGUCAGGCCGGUCGACGUUUCGGGCGUAAGUUCUCGUAUUGCCUCGUGGACCGCUCCUCCGCCUCGUCUAGGCCAUCAUCAUCUUCUUCAAUAGUUUUUGGUGAUUCGGCGGUGUCCAGAAGUGCGGUUUUUACCCCUCUGCUCACCAACCCCAAAUUGGAUACCUUCUACUACGUGGAGCUAACUGGAAUUAGCAUCGGAGGGGCUAGGGUCCGAGGUAUUAAACCCUCGCUAUUCAAGCUGGACCCGACAGGAAAUGGUGGAGUGAUAGUGGAUUCGGGUACAUCGGUAACCCGGUUGAUCCGGCCAGCUUACGUGGCAAUGAGAGAUGCAUUCCGGAAGGGGGCUUCAGACCUGAAACCAGCAUCGGAGUUCUCGUUGUUCGAUACGUGCUUCGACCUGUCAGGGAAAACAGAAGUGAAGGUUCCAACGGUGGUGCUGCAUUUCCGGGGAGCGGACGUAUCACUUCCGGCUGCCAACUAUUUAAUUCCGGUGGAUACUGACGGGAGGUUCUGUUUUGCAUUUGCGGGGACAACAAGCGGGCUAUCCAUAAUUGGGAACAUCCAGCAACAAGGAUUCCGGGUUGUGUUCGACUUGGCGGGUUCUAGACUCGGGUUCGCUGCCAGUGGAUGCGCGUAAUUCUAAUUUCUUUUCUUCAUCUGUAAUCUGUUGGCGGAUUUUAAUUUCAGUUAUAUUUAAUUUUGAAUUAUAAAUGUAGUAGGUGGUUGGAUCUCCGGAAAGAGGGGAUGAAUUACUAAGUUACUAGUAUAUGAUGAAUGAUGAUUUAUGAAGAAAAGGAGCAAGGUCACAUGGGUGAGUAAAUUAUUACUCUGAAAAUGUGUGUACACACUUAUGCGACUUAAUUAAUUGGUGUUUGUUUGUACUUUGUAUUCUUGUCGCUGGGUGGGUGAAUCACCAUCUCCAUUAUCAUGUAUUAGGAGGAGCAGGAGGGUUUUUAUUUAUCUAUCUAAGAUAACAUAUAAGAUAAGAUGUAACCUUAAUUGGUCUCAUAUCAUCUCUUUUCCAACGUUAGUAAACAUCUUUUUCUUUUA